AUGAAAAAACUGAAAAAGAAAAGAUAUUGUGUUACUUUAAAUCCAAUGAACAAUAAGGGAAAUAAAGCUAAAACUAAUUAUUUUUAUAAGAUAUUAAAGACGAUACGUGAAUAUAUUAUUCAACAAUUAAAUGAUUUAUUGAAAUGGUUAUUUGGAGAAAUGAUUCAAAAUGAAUGUAUUGAAAAUAAUAUUGAAAUAUUUGAUGAUGAAGAUAUACUAGAUCUUGAUUGUAUACCUCGUGGAUCAGAAAAAUUUUUAAACCAAUAUAAUCAAGAUGAAUUAGCUGACAAAGUGUUAAAAUAUAAAGUUAAACAUGGUCCAAAUUCAGGAAGUUCUAUUAAAGAAGUUUUAGAAAGAAAAGGUAUUAAUAAUAUCAAAAUUGAGUUUGAUACAUCUGAUUAUUAUGUUCACAAAGUUUGUUUCUUUUAG